GCGUCAAAAUAGUUGAUUGCUUUUGAUGCGUAUUGGUAAAUCAGCAUACAAGUAGUUAGACCAUUCUCUUAAUUUCUUCCUACAGGAAGAGGAUUUAUAUGAAAUUGAUAUUCCAUUGAGAUUUAUCUCCUCGGUGGGUGCUAGAGUGCAUGGCUUGGCUUGCUGGUUUGAUGUACUGUUCAAUGGGAGCACUGUACAAAGGUGGCUUACUACUGCCCCUGGUGCACCAACAACGCACUGGUACCAAUUACGUUGCGUUCUCUCUCAGCCAAUUUAUGUCAUGGCAGGACAAGAAAUUACUGGCCGGCUCCACAUGAUUGCGCACAAUGCUCAGAGUUAUACGAUCUAUCUGACAUUGUCAACUAAAAUGUGGGGGCCUGGUGCUGAACAAGAAGGAAUACUUCAGACAUCAUCAUGCAAACUUGAUCUCAAGGAGCCCUACUACAGAAUGUCUCAACCACAAGCCUAUCCGUUAACCCAAGAUCAGCAACAACAUCAGCUAAUAAGCACGCAGGAUAUACCAAUUCAAUCUCAAGAUUUAGAAGAAGCUGAGUUAAUGCAGCAACCAUCACCAAAUUCAGACGCUCAGCUCAAUUCAAUAAUGGGAAAUGUUUAAAAUUUAGAGGUGCCCGACCAACAUUUCUAACAUGGGCACCUGUUUGUAACAUAAACCUCUUUCCCUAGCUAGCAGUGCAAGGGAUAUAGGGGCACGUCCAAGUUUACUUAUAAGCCCCUCCCCCCACAACCUCCUGCAUUUGUUUUAGGUCUGAUUGUAAAUUUUGGUGACAUGUUUCAACUAUUUAUUAUUUGAGUGGUUGUGCAGCAGAUCCUGUACAAUUCAUCAUGAUAAAACCUUACAGGUAGUAAAAUACUGUUUGGUGCUAAA